UUAAAAAUUCUCAUAAGGUACAUGUGACCUAAAUAGCAAUUGACCAGGUUGAUGCAAGUUAUCAGUAUCCAAUAAUUAGUAGGAUGUUGUCAACAGGCGAGCAAACAUCUCUAGUGGAGAUUCGUUGCUUAUAUCCACACACAAAACUCUGUUGUUGCUUAAUAGAAUGUCUAAAGUUGGCUCAUCUGGUAAUCCCAUGCAGCUGAGAUCAUAUAUACAUCAAACUAAUCAUGCAUGCAUUGAACUUUAAUAUUUUAUCAGUCUUGUUUUAGUGAGAACUCUACAACAACAGUCAGAAAUGGGACAACAGGGACAGGUUCAUCAUGCAUGCAGAGCUGCUACGUAACCUUGUUUGAACUGUUCUAAUACUACUAUCAAAUGAUUCGGAUGAUGUUAUUACUGGCAGUGGUGCUGUGUGGCCAAUGAGAGAGAGAGAGAGAGGAGUUGCUUCCCAAGAGCUCCAUUUACCCAACGCCUUCCUCUUCUUUCCUCGUUUCUCAUGCGUACAGAAGUGUCGACAAAACUGACACGCUUCCUCUUCCCUUCGCCUCUUCGGCAAUGUUUUGUGUCGUUAACACGUCCCCGGCUUCCCACAUUGCUCUGCUUUCUUUCUUCUUUCCUAUAUGAACACCUCGAAGGCCCAUCGAGUUUCGUUCUCUUCUGGUUUUAGUCGUGUCAAAGAACACCCAUUUCUCUCUUCGUCUCUCCUUCCUUUUUAGCCUCGUCUUAUCAUCCUCAAGAGUCCAUAGACCCUCGCCUCGUUUUCUUUGAUUUGUUCUUCGAAGGAGAAGCCAAAUUUGAUCUUUCUGUUCUUCCUCUCCCUCCCCCUGCAUUUGAUUUCUGCUGAUCGUCUCUCCUUCUUCCUCCACUUUUAACGCUUUUAAUCGGGAAAAAACUCGACUUCGAUGGGCGCUCACCACAGCAAGAGGCCCGACACGCCGUCGGUCCUCUUGGACGACGGCGGCGGCGGAGGCGGCAAGGCCGACAUCCGGUACAUGGCGGAGCUGAGCUCCUACGAGGCCGCCUGCCGCCUCGACCCCGAGCUGCAGGGCUUCGACUCCACGCUGCAGCGGUGUACCAGCCGCGUCAUCUCCUCCCUCGCCCUCGGCGUCGAGGUCCGCUCCCUCUCCCUCGACUCCCUCCGCGAGAUCACCGGCUGCCUCCUCGAGAUGAACCAGGAGGUGGUGAAGGUCAUCCUGGAGUGCAAAAGCGACAUCUGGAAGACCCCCGAGCUGUUCGGCCUCGUCGAGGACUACUUCGAGAACAGCCUGCACACCCUCGACUUCUGCGCCGCCCUCGAGAAGUGCCUCAAGAAAGCCCGCGACGGCCAACUGAUCAUCCAAGUCGCCCUGCAGCACUUCGCCGAGGAGGAAGCCGAACCCGAACCCGAACCCCAAAAGGACGCCAAGAAGAAGUACUCGAGGACACUGGAGGAGCUGCGGCUAUUCAAGGCGGCCGGCGAUCCCUUCACCGAGGAGUUCUUCCAGGUCUUCCAGUCCGUCCACGGGCAGCAGCUGCUGAUGCUGGAGAAGCUGCAGCAGAGGAAGAACAAGCUGGACAAGCAGCUAAGGUCCAUCAAGGCAUGGCGGCGCGUGUCCAGCACAAUCUUCGCGGCCACCUUCGCGGCCGUCCUGAUCUGUUCGGUGGUGGCGGCCGCGGUGGCCGCGCCUCCGGUCGCCGCGGCCCUGGCCGCCGCCGCGUCGAUCCCGAUCGGGUCGAUGGGCAAGUGGAUCGACUCGUUGCUGCACGACUACCAGAAUGCGGUGAAGGGGCAGCGGGAAGUGCUGAGGUCGAUGCAGGUGGGCACCUACGUCGCCAUCAAGGACAUGGAGAGCAUUCGGGUGCUCAUCGAAAAGGUGGAGAUGGAGAUGGCCUCGCUGCUGGCUGAUGCAGAGUUCGCCAUGGAGGACGCAGAGGCGGUGAGGAUUGCGAUGGAGGAGAUCAAGAAGAAGGUGGAGGUGUUCAUGAGGAACGUGGAGGAGGUGGGGGAGCAGGCCGACGGCUGCAGCAGGGACAUCAGGAGAGCCAGAACGGUGGUUCUGCAGCGCAUAAUUAGGAAUCCAGAAUGAAGGAAGGAAACCCAUACCAUCCAUCAUUCUCUCAUUCACCAUCUGUUAGCCCCACAUGAUUUCUUGCAUUUUCUUGUUGAUUUGUACCUACCUUCUUAUGUUAUUGCAUGUAUCCCUUCAAAAUUAGUAAUUUCAUGUUUAUUCCUUUAUAUUCAAGUUUAGAAAAUUAAUAUAUGUA